UUCCACGGACCAGAAGGCACUAUUUCUGUUCCGCUUGCUCUUGAUCCAUACAAACAAAGAUAAGAGGGUUCUACUCUAUCACAUUCACUUCCACUGCACUUGCCUCAAGUUCAACUCUGUCAUGGCCAAAACACUCGUGCUUUGUCUCUAUGUUCUGAUCCUUUUAGCCUCAAACCAUGUAAAGUCUCAACAUGAAGAGCUUUUCUUCAACGGAUUUGAUGGUGCUGCCACCAACAUAAGCUUAAACGGAGGAGCAGUGAUUGAGCACAAGGGCUUACUUCGCCUAACAAACGUCACUAGCAGAGUAAUUGGGCAUGCGUUUUAUUCAACCCCGAUAAAGUUCAAGAGCAAGAACUCUUCCACCGAGGCCAAAGUUUUCUCCUUUUCCACCGCUUUUGCCUUUUCAAUCAUCCCCCAGUACCCAAAACUCGGUGGCCAUGGAUUUGCCUUCAUCAUUUCUCCCUCCAACGUGCUUCAAGGCGCGGAUCCUAGCCAAUACUUGGGCCUCCUCAACCCAAACAACGUUGGCAACUUCUCAAACCACCUCUUCGCAGUGGAGUUCGACACUGUCCAAGAUUUCGAAUUCCAAGACAUCAAUGACAACCAUGUAGCCAUCGACCUCAACAACUUGGUUUCCAACAAAUCAGUUGACGCUGCUUUUUUCACUGAUGGGUCAAAGCAAAACCUUAAUUUGAAGAGUGGCAAGGUGAUUCAAGCAUGGGUUGACUAUGAUUCCUCAAAGAAUCAAUUAGAAGUUAGACUCUCCCCAACUUCUUCAAAACCCACUUCUCCAAUCUUGUCAUACCAAGUAGAUCUCUCCCCAAUUCUCAUAGAUUCUAUGUAUGUUGGUUUUUCUUCUUCAACAGGGUUGCUUGCUAGCUCCCACUAUAUCUUGGGUUGGAGCUUCAAAAUAAACGGAGAGGCCAAAACCCUUUCUUUGAAAAACCUCCCUUCACUCUCUACGUCUAACAAAACACACAAACCCUUAAUCUUAGGACUCUCCCUUUCCGCUUUUAUUUUAAUAAUUGCCACAAUUGCUUUGGCAUUUUAUCUCUGUAGAAACAUUAAAAAUGCCGAAGUGAUCGAGGCUUGGGAGCUAGAUGUUGGUCCACACAGGUUCACAUACAAAGAACUGAAUAUAGCCACGAGAGGGUUCAAAGACAAGAAUCUUCUUGGGUUUGGAGGGUUCGGUAGAGUUUACAAAGGGGUGCUCCCAAACUCCAACACCGAAAUCGCCGUGAAGCGAAUCUCCCACGAAUCAAAACAAGGUAUGCAAGAGUUUUUCUCGGAAAUCUCAACCAUUGGAAGGCUUCGACACAGAAACCUCGUACAGUUACUAGGUUGGUGUCGGAAACACAACGACCUUAUUAUAGUCUACGAUUUCAUGCAAAACGGAAGCUUGGACAAGUACCUAUUCGACCCACCAAGAGGAACAUUAGCAUUAACGUGGGAACAAAGGUUUAAGAUCAUAAAAGGGGUUGCUUCGGGGCUUGUUUAUUUACACGAAGAAUGGGAACAAACGGUGAUUCACAGAGACGUCAAAGCAGGGAACGUUCUUUUAGACGGUGAAAUGAAUGGAAGAUUGGGUGAUUUCGGUUUGGCGAAGCUUUACGAGCAUGGUUCGAAGGCCAACACAACGAGGGUGGUGGGAACAUUGGGGUACCUUGCACCUGAGCUCACACGAACGGGGAAACCCUCGACGAGUUCCGAUGUGUUUGCUUUUGGGGCGUUGUUGUUGGAAGUGGCGUGUGGGAGAAGACCCAUUGAGGCCAAGGCGUUGCCGGAGGAGUUGGUGUUGGUGGAAUGGGUGUGGGAGCGGUGGCGAGUGGGGGCGGUGUUGGAGGUGAUCGAUCCUAAGUUGGAUGGGGUUUUUGAUGAGAUGGAGGCGUUGUUGGUGCUGAAGUUGGGUUUGUUGUGUUCCGAUGAGUCGCCGGACAAUAGGCCUAGUAUGAGGCAGGUUUUGAGGUACUUGGAGGGGGAGGUGGUGUUACCGCCGGUGGAGGUGAAAAAGGGUGGCGUCGGUGGUGGUGGUGGUGGAGCUGGUGGGUUUGGGGAUUUGGUGCGUUCGUAUACGUCGUCGUUUUUUGAGAGGGCAAAUACGUGGUCGUCGACCGGUGAUGACGUGGAGGGUGGCUCUGCAUCAUCUAUUUCACUUUCCGGUGGCCGGUAGUUGAUUGGGGUGACAAGGCUACACUAGAUUCUCUGUUUCUGUCCUACUUUUUUUUGUCUCUUUUUAUUUCUAUAUUUGGAUUUUGGAUAUUUUUUAAUUUAAUGUUGUUUUCACAUGUCAGCACUAAAAUAGGGAUGAGAGAGUGCACUUUCUUUGGAUUUAAGGGACAUAUAGCAAUAAUUUAAAUUGAAUGAAUGACAUAAAAUUGAAAUAUUAACGAA